AUGCCCUCCUCCAGCCGACCUUCUAGCCAGCACUACGGCUCUUCGUCUUCCCCUUUGUCUUCCUCUUCCGCCUCUGACUCAGACAUCGCAUCCGACUCUGCCUCUGCCACCGGCUACAGACACAGCAUGGACUCAGUACAACUCCCCAUCGCCUCCGUCGAGGUGCUUCGCUGCAUGCGAUGCGCCCGCUCCGUCGAGGCCACCUCCACCGACGAUAUUAGCUCCAUGGGCAUGGUCCGCAUAGCCCACAACCUCUACUACUGCGAGCGUUGCGCCAAGAUGGUGGGAUACAAAUAA